AUGUGGUCCUCAAGGCCUGUCAGACAUAUCGCAGCCCCGAGCGAGAUGCCCCCCCUCCGAGACUGGUGGGAGUACCCGGACGCGGCUCUGUUCAGCCUCCAGCUCAGCCGUCGAGAGAAGGCCGUGCUCCGCUCGCUCGAGCGCCUCCCCCACCCAAAUGUUGUGCAGGCCAUCGCCUACGAGGACGAAGGCAUCUAUCUCCGCAGGUGUCUCCCGCUGAACCGAGCAGAAGGAUAUCCACGGCAAGGAGUCCGUGUCCAAUGGUACAGGGAUGUCCUCCGCGGUCUCGGCCACCUACACCACCAGGGGAUAUGCCACUCUGACCUGAGGCCUGACAACAUCCUCUUCAGCGACCACCGGGAUGCUCAGGCCGUACUGUGCGACUUCAGCAAGGCGAGCCGCUUCGGAGAACCGAACGACACCCCGCACAGCGCUACGCCGGUGCCUCCCACCGGAAUGGCAAAGACGGCGUCGGACGCUACCGACCGCUUUGCCAUGGCCUACCUCAUCUUCGAGAUGGAGACGGGUGCGAAGCCUGGCCUGACCACCAGUUCGGAAGGCCAGCUGUCUGUACCACACCUGAGCCUAGGGAAUCACAUCCUCGAGGCUAUGGUCAGAAAGGCAUGGUCGGGGCAUUACAGGACAACGUCUAACAUGUUGGCGGACGCUGAAGGCAUGAUAGACCACGAGGACGACGGUACUAUCGAGGCACGAAACCCGGCGCCUCCACAGGAUACACUUCGCGAGCAGGUCAGGCAGUGGAGACAGGGACGAUUAUCGAAGCAUGGCUUGGUGCUCAAUGGCCUGAUCACGGAUGGCGAUGAGCUUGACAGGCUCGCAGGCCUGUGUCGAUGGGAAGGCAAGUGGUGGUAG